AUGAUGCCAGAAAUUAUGCUAACAGUAGAAGAAUAACUGAUAAAGAGAUUAUCUUAGACCAAUAUAAGCAUAUUGGAGGAAAUCUAAAAGUCUCAUGGUGUUGGUAGGAAAUCACAAUAGCAGUCUCAAAUUGGUUUUCUUAGUGAAAAUCAAAUUUAAAAAUUAGAUGAUGCGAUUAGGGAAUUAAGUGUUGAGUUAUAAGUAAAUCCACCAAUAAUAAAUUAUGUUGAAACUAAUCCUGAUAGAGAAAACGGAAGUAAAAGUUAUAGAUCUCCUGGGAGAGAUGAUGAAAGGUUCUUUAAUCUGCCAACUAAGUCGAAUGGGGGUUCUUUGCUUUAAAACUAGCUCGGGCAGCAAAAAAUGUAUGCUUCUGGAGGAAAUUUAAAGAAAUCCUCUGCUCUAUAGUAAUUUUAGAAAAAUUCAUCACAGAAAGUUAGAGAUAAAUCCUUGAAUUCAUCUCAAAAUCAAGCCACUCCUUAAAUCUUAAAGAACUAAACCACAAAUCCUACUUAAAUAAAUCUGAAUCUUAAUCCUGAUAGUAGUAGAGGCCAUGAGAAACGAGAAACAAUUGGAUCACUGGAUCUAAGUUAGCCAUAAAUUUUAAAAAAUGCUAACAGCUCAAAUGCAGUGCCAACACUAUAUUCUUAAAGAGCGUUAACAUCAGAUGAAAGUAAAACUCUUCCAAAUGAAAAAUCGAAUCUAGGCCACUCUAUAAAUGGUACAAUGAGCUAAGUUUAUAAGUAAAAGCCUUUAAUGAAACAGCAAUACAAACCAAUUUAGACCACUACAAGUCAAACAAGAAAAAAUUAAAAGUAAUCUCUAUAGAACUCAAAUUAAAAAUAAAGAAAGCUCUCGAUGGAAUAAAACUCACCUUUACUCAAGAGCUAAGCAGCUUUUGUCAAUAAUACGUUACAAAAUUCAAGUAAUCUAACAAGAGAACUAUCAAAUAAUAGGAGGUAAGCACAAACCAACAUUUAGAGUUAAUCAUCAAAUACUAAUGCAUUUAACUCUGGAAAUAAUAACUACAAUUCAAUAAGCAGCUAUAAAAUGAAUACAGACGGCGCUGGGGGUUAAAAUAGCAAUAAUUACCAGGAAAAAUUUGAUAUUAAUGAUAUUUACACAACUUAAUAGCUUGAUGAGUAUUAGUAAUUACUGGAUUAAAAUCCAUUAUCGAAAAGAUAGUUUACUCAUAUUGCUUAAACCUCAACAGCAAUAUAAGUAGCAUGGAGUCAUCCAACUAAUUUUUCUAAGCAAAUCUAGCCUCAGAAAAAAUAACUAUAAUAUGUGCUACAAUAUGGUAUUGGAGUUAAAGUAAAUAACACUGAGCAAUUUAGAUAGAUCUAUAAGGGAAAAGCUCAUAAAUGCAUAAUCACGGAUCUAAUGCCUAGGACUACAUAUAGAUUUAGAGUUGCCCCUAUCAUGAUUAUUGAACAAUCUGAAGAUGAAGUCAACUCUCAACCUGCUAUAGAGCAAGGCGAGUGGUCUGAAAUCUCAAAUAUCGCUACAAAGGAUAAUCAGAUAUUCACUGAUUAAUCUCCAGUAAGCAUUAAUCCUUGUGCUACUAUUGUUACUAAGGGAAAGACCAAAUGCCUAAAUUUUGAUAAGGCAGGCACUAUUCUUUCUAGUUAUGGGUAUUCCUUUGGAGAGCAUUUAUGGUAACUUAAAAUCUCAUAUCUCCAGAAUACUCAAUCUAUAAACAAUAAUCCCCUUCAAUCAAUUUCUAACACAUCAGGCACUCCCUCUGACUAAGGAGGCAUUAUGAUUGUUGGGAUAAUAAACAAACGAUUUAGUAAUUCUAAGAUGAUUGGUUCAGUCAUAAAUUACAGUAUAAUGAAAGGAAGCAUGAAAGUUAGAAUACUUUUAGAUGCGAACAAGAAGAAGCUUAUUAUUUUCACUCCUAACAAUCCUUAAGGAGAGAUAUUUACUGAUUUGCCAAAAGAUGGACUAUUCUAUCCAGCUAUUCAAAAUAAGACUAAAAUUCAAUAAAAGAACUUGCUUAAAGUUGACUUUAAAUUUGAACUAUUAGUUCCAAAGGAUAGACAAACUAUUCCAAAUAUUAACUACAGCAGUAGUGAGGAUAAUGAUCAUUUGAGCAAUGACAACGAUAAUGCACUAAACAAUUCUGACUAUGAAAACUCUGAUAAUAGAGAUUCAUUGUAUCAACCAAGAUAAAGCAAUCAUAACAACUAAGGAAGGCCUAAUAAAAAUGAUCACGAGUACGAUUUUGAUGAUAAAGAACUGCAAAGAGCAUUGAAUAUUGAUUAAAAUAAUGCAGUUAAAAACGAAUACACUGGAAAUACAUUCGAUAUCCCGUCAAAUUAUAAUACUGAUAACUAAAAUCAUCAAACUUUGUGA